GGAUGUGCAAUAAGUGACGUUUUCUCCGGGCCAAUCUUGUUCCGAUUUUGCCUGCCGACGCGGAUGAACGAGAGCCGGCUUGACCAAUGGAAGUGGUUCGGCGGGUUGAGUGGGCGUCCGUGUACAUCACCGUCCCUCUCCUGUGGCUCGACCGAAAAGAGAGAGAGAGAGAGAGAGAGAGAGAGAGAGUUGAGCAAGAAAUCCAGCCGGGUGAGUGAGAGCGCAAGGAUGAGUGGCGCGUAAACGUUGCGCAUCGGUGUGACAUUGAACGCCUCUUGUUGAAAUUUGCCAGCAACAAGGAGGACACACACGGACGUUUCCAUCUCUUUUUUUUCUUCCUUCCUUCUUUUCCUCUUUUUCAAACCCAUGGGCUUCAUGCCAGGUUCGGGUGACAAUGAAAUGAAGCCCCUCGGACUUGAACCAUGAGGGAAUAGACUCCUGCGUUCAUCUCGCCCGCGCGCUUUGCACACGUUUAUUGCUUGGAAGUGCAUUUUUUUUUCCUUCCACGGGGACGUCAACCAGGGUAGCCGAGCAUUGAUUUCGGGAGACGCUUUAAUGGGAGACACCGCAAACCACUGACCACCUACCUGGCUGCUGGAAGAUGAGACGCUGAUCAUCGCCGCAACAGCCGCAGGGUCGGACGAUCCCCGUUCGUCAGUGAGAAGUCUGCCGCCGUCGUUUCUCGGCAAGAAAGGUUUGCCUUCCUUUCUCCGUCAUGGAUCUAAAAGACUAUUACCUGUUGGGCGCUUUGCUGGCUUGCAUCUGGCUCGAUCCUUCCAUCGCCCAAGAACUCAUCUACCCCAUCCGGGAGGAGCUGCAAGAAAAUGUCCUCAUUGGAAACAUCCCCAGGGAUCUGAACAUCUCGCAUACAAAUGCCGCCACUGGAGCAAGUGGCAAUCUGGUGUACCGCUUGGUGUCCAAAGCGGGAGAUAAGCCCCUGGUCCGCGUUCUGAGCAGCACCGGUGAGAUAUUCACCACAUCCAACCGAAUCGAUCGGGAGAAACUAUGCCCCGGCCCCUCCUUUGAGGACAGCGAGUGCUCCUUUGAAAUCGAAGUGGUCAUCCUGCCCAAUGAUUAUUUCAGGCUGAUUAAGAUCAAACUCAUCGUCAGAGACACAAACGAUAACGCGCCCAUGUUCCCGUCCCCUGUGAUCAACAUCUCCAUCCCGGAGAACACGCUGACCAACAGCCGCUUUGCCAUCCCUUCGGCCACCGACCCGGACACCGGUCCCAACAGCGUUCACAAAUACGAGCUGAUCAACGGGCAAAGCGCCUUUGGCUUGGACAUUGUGGAAACACCCGAGGGGGAGAAGUGGCCCCAGCUCAUCGUUCAGCAGAAUCUGGACCGAGAGCAGAAGGACACGUACGUGAUGAAGAUCAAAGUGGAGGACGGCGGCAGCCCGCAGAAAUCCAGCACCGCAAUUCUCCAAGUCACCGUGACGGACGUCAACGAUAACCGCCCCGUCUUUAAGGAGAGUCAGGUCGAGGUGCACAUCCCGGAGAACUCGCCUCUCGGCACGUCCGUGGUGCAGCUCCAGGCCACGGACGCCGACGUAGGGGCCAACGCGGACAUUCGAUACGUGUUUGGGAGUCAGGUAUCGCCCGCGACCAAGAGGCUCUUUGCCCUCAACGCCACCUCGGGCCUCGUCACGGUGCAGCGGCCUCUGGACAGGGAGGAGACGGCGGUGCACAAGCUCUCCGUCGUGGCGAGCGACGGCAGCCCCAACCCCGCCAGGGCCGCCGUUUCCAUCAACGUGACCGACGUCAACGACAAUCCCCCCAAUAUAGAUUUGCGGUACAUCAUCAGUCCCAUCAACGGCACGGUUCUCCUCUCCGAGAAGGAUCCCAUCAACACCAAGAUCGCCCUCAUCACCGUGUCGGACAAAGACACCGACGUCAACGGCAAGGUGGUUUGCUUCAUCGAGAAGGACGUGCCCUUCCAUCUGAAGGCCGUGUACGACAACCAGUAUCUGCUGGAGACGUCGGCGUUGCUCGACUACGAAGGCACCAAGGAGUACAACUUCAAAAUCGUGGCCUCUGAUUCGGGGAAGCCCAUCUUGAACCAGACCGCCUUGGUGAGAGUGCGGCUGGAGGACGAGAACGACAACCCGCCCGUCUUCACUCAACCCGUCGUGGAACUGGCCGUCAUGGAGAACAACAAGCGGGACCUGUUCCUCACCACUCUCAGCGCCACGGACGAGGACAGCGGCAGAAACGCCGACAUCGUCUACCAGCUGGGGCCCAACGCGUCCUUCUUUGACCUGGACCGCAAAACGGGGGUUCUGACCGCCUCCAGAGUUUUUGACCGCGAGGAUCAGGACAAGUUCCUGUUCACCGUCACGGCGAGAGAUAACGGCACGCCGCCGCUGCAGACGCAGGCGGCCGUCAUCGUGACCGUGCUGGACGAAAACGACAACAACCCCAAGUUUACGCACAACCACUUUCAGUUCUUUGUCUCGGAGAACCUCCCCAAGUACAGCACCGUCGGGGUGAUCACGGUGACAGAUUCCGACGCCGGAGAAAACGCCGCCGUGUCCCUCUCCAUUCCCAACGACAACGAAAACUUCAUCCUGGAUCCUUUGUCCGGCGUCAUCAAAUCCAACGUGUCAUUCGAUCGGGAGCAACAGAGCUCGUACACGUUUGACGUCAGGGCGGUGGACGGCGGCAGGCCUCCUUGCUCCUCGGCCGCCAAGGUGACCAUCAACGUCAUCGACGUGAACGACAACAGCCCCGUGGUCAUCUACCCCCCCUCCAACGCCUCCUUCAAACUGGUCCCGCUGGCCUCCAUCCCCGGAUCGGUGGUGGCCGAGGUGUUUGCGGUCGACGGCGACACGGGCAUGAACGCCGAGCUCAAGUACGCCAUCGUGCACGGCAACCACAAGGGCCUGUUCCGGAUCGACCCGGUCACCGGGAACAUCACGCUGGAGGAGAAGCCGGCGGCGAGCGACGUGGGACUGCACAGACUGGUGGUCAACAUCAGCGACUUGGGCUAUCCAAAGUCCCUCCAUACCCUGGUGCUGGUGUUCCUUUAUGUCAACGACACGGUGGGCAACUACAGUCUCAUCGCCGAUCUCAUCCGGCGCAGGAUGGAAACGCCGAUUGAGCGCAACGUCAGCGAAAGCGGCGAGACCUAUCAAAACGGGGACUAUUUAACCAUCAUGAUAGCCUUCGUGACCGGAGCCUUGGUGGUGAUCGUUGUCAUCUUUGUGACGGUGCUGCUACGCUGCCGGCACGCUUCCAGGUUCAAAGCCGCCCAGAGGAAAAAACAGGGCACCGAGUGGAUGUCACCCAACACGGAGAACAAGCAAAGCAAGAAGAAGAAGCGCAAGAAGAGGAAAUCUCCAAAGAGCUCCUUGCUCAACUUUGUUUCCAUCGAGGGCAACAAACCCGACGACCCCGCCCACGAGCCCAUCAACGGAACCAUCAGUUUGCCGACCGAACUGGACGAGCAAGGGAUGGGUCGCUUUGAUUGGAACGCCACGCCCACCACCACCUUCAAACCCAGCAGCCCCGACCUGGCCCGACACUACAAAUCGGCCUCGCCGCAAUCGGCGUUCCACCUCAAGGCCGACACGCCGGUCUCCGUCAAGAAGCACCACGUGAUUCAGGAGCUCCCGCUGGAUAACACCUUCGUCGGCGGCUGCGACACCCUAUCCAAGAGGUCCUCCACCAGCUCAGAUCACUUCAGCGCCUCCGAGUGCAGCUCCCAAGGAGGGUUCAAGACCAAGGCGCCCAUGCACAGCAGACAGCAGGGAACGCUAACGCGCGCCCGAACUGAACUGAACCCUGAAUAUCUGGACCUACGUCCCCGAGCUGAGCUCAACCCUGAAUAUUGGACCCCUUGCACACCCUUAUCGCAGCGCCGCGUCACGUUUCACCUGCCGGACGGCUCCCAGGAGAGCUGCAGUGACAGCGGUCUGGGGGAGCACGAGCCCGUAGGCAGUGGCGCCGCCCCCCUCACACAACCUCUCCCUCUGGUGCAGGCGCAAGACGACCUCUACGAGCAGGCCUCCCCCGACAAGAGAACCGAAGCAGACGGCAACUCCGAUCCCAACUCCGACGGCCCGCUGGGACCGCGCGGCCUUAUGGAAGCCUCAGAAAUGUGCACACAGGAAUGCCUCGUUCUGGGGCACUCGGACAACUGCUGGAUGCCCCCAACUUUGGCACCCUACCAGCAGCACAAGUCCCCCGUGUCCAGUUUUGGGUCGCAGAGGGAGUGGGGUCCCAAGGACAAACUUCUCAAUGGACAUACCUUGACUAGAACCUGGAAAAAGGAGAAUGGGCAGUCUGAGCAUUUUUGUGACAGGAAGCAAUUUGGAAGUGAAGAGGGACACUUCACAAGCAGCGGCAUGGCUGAUAUUCCUUUGGUAAGUUUGAAGUCCUGCCCGGACAGCUCGAAGGACCAGCAGCUUUAAAAUGUACUUUUGUCGCAAACGGACAAACAAACGUACCAGAACUAUUCUUGUUUUUGACGAUUUCUUCUUUUACCACUUCUGCUCAUGCUUCCGCAUUGUGGCAGCCGCGUGUACAAUAUACUCGAACGGCAUAAAACUUCAAGUGCUUAUGCGGUGUUCCCUUCACCUCAACACUUCUGAAGCUGCGUCUUUUAUUUUUAUUGAACCUUCGUGGAUUGAAAUGUUUUCCAUCAUCGAUUUGCAGAGGAAGAACAUCUAAUGGAGCAAAAUGAAAAGACAUUACGAAAAAAAAAAGCAACUAUAUCGUGGCAGACGGAUAUAUAUCUACAAAUAUGUAACGUGGUUUCUAUUGAGCUGUUCUCAACUAUUUUAUUCACCACAAUCAAACUGGAAUGAACAUUUCAGAAGGCAAUGCUCUAAAACACCGUAUGUGGACAAUUAUUCAUUGCUUCAUUCAUUCACGUCACUGUGUGUUUGUAAAUAAGACUUAUUAACCACUUUCAUGUACUGGACCUAUAAUUUGGAGAUGUCACGGCUGUCGUCACUGCUGUAGUCGUCAGGAGUGAGAUUUUUAGCUGGAUCUGUAACGUGUUUGCGUCCCUCUCACCCUCUCCCACCUCCCUUUUGAACUCCCACAUUUGCUUUUGAAACAAAAUUAUUACCAUGGUAUGCCCAUUGUUUCUCAUAUGCUGCAUAAUAUUCCUGAAAACAUAAAACCACAGAUAAUAAUAAAAAAAAAAAACAA